AUGGAGUCAACACUCUAUAACCAGCCUGUAGUCAUUGACAAUGGAUCGGGGAACUUAAAGUCAGGCUUUGCUGGAGAAGAUAAACCCAAAGCGUAUGCCUCAGCAAUAGUGGGGAGACCAAAGUACCAGAAGAUCAUGGCAGGUUCUCUUCUUUCCAAUAUAGGAUCCGAAGAUACGAAGGAAGAAACAUAUAUAGGUAAUCUAGCCCAGCAGAACCGUGGCUUGCUUAAGCUAUCAUAUCCUAUAGAACAUGGAAUUGUGAACGACUGGGACGAUAUGGAAAAGUUAUGGUACCACACAUAUUCUCAGGACUUGAAGACGAAUGCUGAAGACCAUCCUUUGCUUAUCACAGAAGCGCCACUCAAUCCGCGCAGAAACAGAGAUAGAAUGUGCCAGAUCCUCUUUGAACUGUUCAAUGUGCCGUGUGUUUAUGUUUCUAUUCAAGCAGUUCUUUCACUAUAUGCUUCGGGCCGUACUACGGGUGUAGUGAUAGAUAGUGGCGAUGGAGUGAGUCACAUAGUGCCGGUGUACGAAGGGUUCUCCUUGCCUACAUCUAUCAAGAGAAUGGAUAUAGCAGGUAGAGAUAUCACCGAGCAAUUAGUGUUCAACAUUCGGAGAAUGACUGGUGUUGCCUUACUGAGCAGUUCCGAAUUUGAAAUCGCACGAUUGAUCAAAGAAAAAGCCUGUUUUGUAUCGAAGAAUCCAACUAAAGACGAGAAACUCUACUCUACUAACUACCAUUUGAAGUCCAACCCAGAACUAUCUUGUACAUAUAAAUUACCGGAUGGGCACGAAAUCCAAUUGGGAGUAGAAAGAUUCAGAUCGACAGAGAUUCUUUUCAACCCACAGCUCAUCGGAGACGAAUCUCCUGGCAUUCACGAGCUUGCAUCGUUGGCUAUAUCCAAAACGGAUUUGGAUCUCAGACCAACUCUUUACCAAAAUAUUAUCCUCUCUGGCGGAAACACUUUGCUCAAAAAUUUUGGCGAUAGACUCAUAUCCGAAUUGAAAUCUAUGCAGCAGUUGUCUGGCGACAAAAACAGUUUAUGGAACAAGAAUACUACCACUACGAGUUACGAUACCAAGAUGAAAAUCAAGAUAUAUGCUCCACCAGAGAGGAAGUAUUCGACCUGGAUCGGGGGAUCAAUUUUGGCUGGUCUUUCUACAUUCAGGAAGAUGUGGGUGACGUCUGAGGAAUACAAGGAGAAUCCCGAGAUUGUUCACAUUAAAUGUUUAUAA